CUGUGGGGCAACGAGAAGACUAUGAACCUCAACCCCAUGAUCUUGACCAAUAUCCUGUCGUCGCCUUACUUCAAAGUGCAGCUCUACGAGCUCAAGACCUACCACGAGGUGGUGGACGAGAUCUACUUUAAGUUUCCAGCUUUAAAAUUAUUCCUUUUGACGUGGAUCUACUCAGCGCCAACUUGUUGGUGCUUCUCCCGCUCACCCUGGGCCAGGGCGUGUAUUGACUUCAAUGUUGGCCUCGUGUUGUUGGUAUUCUCUAUCCGAUCCUGACAGGGAAAUGGUCACGCAUGUUGAACCAUGGGAGAAAGGAAGCAGGAAAACAGCAGGCCAAACGGGGAUGUGCGGAGGGGUUCGAGGUGUUGGAACAGGAGGAAUUGUUUCUACAGCUUUCUGCUUGUUAUACAAGUUAUUUACUCUGAAGCUAACUCGUAAGCAAGUGAUGGGUCUCAUAACACACACAGACUCUCCAUAUAUUAGAGCCCUUGGAUUUAUGUAUAUAAGGUACACACAGCCCCCUACAGAUCUCUGGGACUGGUUUGAAUCCUUCCUUGAUGAUGAAGAGGACCUAGAUGUGAAGGCUGGUGGUGGCUGUGUAAUGACCAUUGGAGAAAUGCUACGGUCUUUUCUCACAAAACUGGAGUGGUUUUCUACCCUGUUUCCAAGAAUUCCGGUUCCAGUUCAGAAGAAUAUUGAUCAACAGAUCAAAACCCGGCCUAGAAAAAUCAAGAAAGAUGGGAAGGAAGGUGCUGAGGAAAUAGAUAGACAUGUUGAACGCAGGCGUUCAAGGUCUCCAAGGAGAUCACUGAGUCCACGGAGGUCCCCAAGAAGAUCAAGAAGUAGAAGCCAUCACCGGGAGGGCCAUGGGUCUUCUAGUUUUGAUCGAGAAUUAGAAAGAGAGAAAGAACGCCAGCGACUAGAGCGCGAAGCCAAAGAAAGGGAGAAAGAAAGGCGAAGAUCCCGAAGUAUUGAUCGGGGGUUGGAACGCAGGCGGAGUAGCAGGAGUAGGGAAAGGCAUAGAAGUCGUAGUCGAAGUCGGGAUAGGAAAGGGGAUCGGAGGGACAGGGAUAGGGAAAGAGAGAAAGAAAAUGAGAGAGGUAGAAGACGGGAUCGUGACUAUGAUAAGGAAAGAGGUAAUGACCGAGAAAAGGAGCGAGAGCGAUCAAGAGAACGGUCCAAGGAACGGAGAAGUAGGGGUGAGGUAGAAGAAAAGAAACACAAAGAAGAUAAAGACGAUAGGCGGCAUAGAGAUGACAAAAAAGAUUCCAAGAAGGAGAAAAAACACAGUAGGAGUAGAAGCAGAGAAAGGAAGCACAGAAGUAGGAGUAGAAGUAGAAAUGCAGGGAAACGAAGCAGAAGUAGGAGCAAAGAGAAAUCAAGUAAACAUAAAAAUGAAAGUAAAGAAAAAUCAAAUAAGCGAAGUAGAAGUGGCAGUCAAGGAAGAACUGACAGUGUGGAAAAAUCAAGAAAACGGGAACAUAGCCCCAGCAAAGAAAAAUCUAGAAAGCGUAGCAGAAGUAAAGAACGUUCCCACAAACGAGAUCACAGUGAUAGUAAGGACCAGUCUGACAAACAUGAUCGUCGAAGGAGCCAAAGUAUAGAACCAGAGAGCCAAGAGAAACAACAUAAAAACAAAGAUGAGACUGUGUGAAAUUUUUUUUGUAAAAGUGGAUCACAUUGAAUCCUAUAAAUGUUUGAUUAAAUCUGCUUUCUUUUUUCCUCCCAAGUUGAAAUUGUGCAGUAGUUAACGCACUCUUCAAGCUCCCUGUAGGCUGCAUUUUCAUUUCCUCUUUUGUGUAGGGAAGUGCCUUUGUAAUCCCAUUUAUUGCAUUGAUGUUUUCACCCAGUUGUUGAGUUUGAUACAUGAUGCACAGAUUGUUCUUGCAUUUUUAUUGUUUAAUUGUUUUUGAGAUGUACAGUCUGUACAUAUGUCCUGAAAAUGUUUUAAUUCCUUUGGCAUGGUUGCCAUGUUGGUUAAAUUUGUAUAAGGCAAUAAACUGCCACUAAUUCUAUUUUUGUUCUGUAGGUGUGGGAUUAUGGUUUGUGUACUGAAGUUAGCAUGGCUGUGCUUUUCAUAAUAGAAUGCUAAAGACUUUGAGAAUGGAUCUUGGAUGUCUAUUAUAGGAGAAUUUUGUUUCGGUGUACAUGAAGGCGGCAGUUGUAGGAUUAACAUUCUUGUCCACUGUAUAUUAUCUUGGAAGGCUCUUGUUAAUAUGUUACACUUAAUAUUCUCCACAGUUAACUUUAGAGAGAUUCAUGACAAGUUAGUUUCUGAUGCAGAGGUUUCAAUUAGGCUGUGAUUUGAUCAAAAGUCCUUUUAGCAUUCUACCUCAAAGGGACACUGUUAGUAUGCCUAAAAUUUAUUCACGUAGUUUUUCUUUUUUAUUUGGAAAAAUACAUGACAUGUAAUCUUUUUCUUGAAUUUCUCAGAUUUUAAAGUACUAUAUUAAAGGAAAAAAUUAAUGUCUAAAGCCUAGCAUUCUUGCAGCAACCCUAUACUAACGUGAAAUUGGGAGAGGGUGGGGCAGAUGAGUAGAGAAAUAGAUUCAAGCCUCAAGCUUCCAAAGCAUUUUUAUAAAUGGGAAAAAACUUAAAUUAUGAAACAGCUUGGUAUAGUGUCCUUUUUUUAAAAUUCAAAACUUUUUUUAUUGAUAAUGAAGAUGGCUGUUUGAGUUUUUAAACUUAAUCUAGAACAGAGAAAUAUUAAAAAGUAAUGCUGUGCUGCAUUAUUUAAGAUUAUCAGCAAAUUAUUUGAUAGAUUGUUCUUAUGACUUGUAUUCUGAUUACAGAGAACGAUCAUGAGUGUGGAAUAAAUACUGGAUUAAAUCCUU